CGCUGCCUCGGCUUUCCCGCGAGGUGAGAUCUUCCUCCCUUUUGGGAGACUUGCGAGGAGACCUGCAUUUUCUCUCCCGCCACCGCGAAGGUUAAGAGCCCGUUGAAUAGAGACGUCAGAGGAGAUUAAGUGGACCUUGCACAACUCCUCGGACCUCGCCAGCCUCCCCUUUGGGGAGGGAGACCACAUUUGAGCAUCUCACUGGGGUGCGGGGAUGGAAGAACCCACCUUGCAGCUUUUCUGCAGUGUGGUUUGCCCGAUCUCCUCCCAGGAAUGAAGAGGAGACUUCUGAUAACCUGAUGAAGUCCUCAGAGCCUAAUGGCAGGAAGAUAUCACAGGACAUAAAACUAACGAUCGUUUGGGAGGCCACCCAGGUUUCCGGAUGUAGUUGGACGAGCGUGAAAGAGAUGCCCUUUUUAAAAAGCACAACACUCCUGUGAAAGGAGAAACAUUGAGUUUAUUCUUUUUUUUUUUUUUUUUUGGCCAAGAUUUUGAAAACGGUUCGAUGUCUUGUACAUUUGGUGUAAGAUGAGAACUUUAUAAAGUAUUCCGUCCGAGAGCCUAAACGAUGACUACCCCAGCCCUGCUGCCCCUGUCUGGACGCCGGAUUCCACCUCUGAACCUGGGGCCGCCCUCCUUCCCACAUCACAGGGCCACCUUGAGACUUUCCGAGAAGUUUAUCCUUCUCCUUAUUCUUAGUGCCUUCAUCACCCUGUGUUUUGGGGCAUUUUUCUUCCUUCCAGACUCUUCCAAACACAAACGCUUUGACCUGGGUUUAGAAGAUGUGUUAAUUCCUCACGUAGAUGCUGGCAAAGGGGCUAAAAACCCUGGAGUCUUCCUGAUCCAUGGACCUGAUGAACAUAGACACAGGGAAGAAGAAGAACGUUUGAGAAAUAAAAUUCGAGCAGACCAUGAGAAGGCCCUGGAAGAAGCAAAAGAAAAAUUAAGGAAGUCAAAAGAGGAAAUACGUGCAGAAAUUCAGACAGAGAAAAACAAGGUAGCUCAAGAAAUGAAGAUAAAAGAGAACAAGCCUCUGCCACCAGUCCCUAUUCCAAACCUUGUAGGAAUCAGUGGUGGAGAACCAGAAGAUAGUGACAUAAGAAAGAAAAGGGAAAAAAUUAAAGAGAUGAUGAAACAUGCCUGGGAUAAUUAUAGGACAUAUGGAUGGGGUCAUAACGAACUCAGACCUAUUGCAAGGAAAGGACACUCCACUAACAUAUUUGGAAGUUCCCAGAUGGGUGCUACUAUAGUAGAUGCUUUGGAUACCCUUUAUAUCAUGGGACUUCAUGAUGAAUUUCUAGAUGGACAAAGAUGGAUUGAAGACAACCUUGAUUUCAGUGUGAAUUCAGAAGUAUCUGUGUUUGAAGUUAACAUUCGAUUUAUUGGAGGCCUGCUUGCAGCAUAUUACCUUUCAGGAGAAGAGAUAUUCAAGAUUAAAGCAGUACAGUUGGCUGAGAAACUCCUACCUGCUUUUAACACACCUACUGGGAUUCCCUGGGCCAUGGUGAAUCUGAAAAGUGGAGUAGGGCGAAACUGGGGCUGGGCAUCUGCAGGUAGCAGUAUUCUGGCUGAAUUUGGUACACUACAUAUGGAAUUUGUCCACCUCAGCUACUUGACCGGGGACCUGGUUUACUAUAAAAAGGUCAUGCAUAUUCGGAAACUACUUCAGCAAAUGGAUCGUCCAAAUGGCCUUUAUCCAAAUUAUUUGAACCCAAGAACAGGGCGCUGGGGUCAGUAUCAUACAUCAGUUGGUGGUCUGGGCGACAGUUUCUAUGAAUACUUACUGAAAGCUUGGUUGAUGUCAGAUAAAACAGAUCAUGAAGCAAGGAAGAUGUAUGAUGAUGCUAUUGAGGCUAUAGAAAAACACCUUAUUAAGAAGUCCCGGGGUGGUCUUAUCUUUAUUGGAGAAUGGAAGAAUGGACACUUGGAAAAGAAGAUGGGACAUUUGGCUUGCUUUGCUGGGGGAAUGUUUGCACUAGGAGCAGAUGGUUCCAGAAAGGAUAAAGCUGGUCAUUAUUUAGAGUUAGGGGCAGAAAUUGCACGUACAUGUCAUGAGUCUUAUGACAGAACUGCAUUAAAGCUAGGUCCUGAAUCAUUCAAGUUUGAUGGUGCAGUGGAGGCUGUGGCUGUCCGACAGGCUGAAAAGUAUUAUAUCCUCCGUCCAGAAGUAAUUGAAACCUAUUGGUACCUAUGGCGAUUUACUCAUGAUCCAAGAUACAGGCAGUGGGGCUGGGAAGCAGCACUGGCUAUUGAAAAGUACUGCCGGGUCAGUGGUGGAUUUUCUGGAGUCAAGGAUGUAUAUUCCUCUACUCCUACACAUGAUGAUGUACAGCAGAGCUUCUUUCUUGCUGAAACAUUAAAAUAUUUGUAUCUGCUCUUUUCUGGUGAUGACCUUUUACCUUUAGACCACUGGGUGUUUAACACAGAAGCUCACCCUCUGCCUGUGUUACAUUUAGCCAACAUCACACUUUCAGGUAAUCCUGCUGUUCGAUGAAAGCAGCUCCAGAAGGAACAGUCUUACCUGUGUUUUGUUUACAUGGACCACUACAGAAACUAGCUUGGAGAGGCGGCUUUUGAAAAUCUGGACCUCUAAGUCAACAUGACAGGGUGAAACUUCCCCACAAGACUUUUCAACUUGUAGAUAUAUCAACUUUGAAAUUAUUCCAUUUUAUACCUGACCAAAACAUGUUCUGGUACAUGUAGGACAGAGACCUGAUGUGCUUUGAUUCUUAAUGAGAUGGUCACACAAGAAGCAAUGCCCAUUACUGCUAUAUUACAAGAGCAAGCCAAGGACAUAGAGCACCUUGCAGGAAUUAGAGAUGGCUUUUGGAACCAAUUAUAUAAUUUGUUUCCUCUCACAGUGGAGCAGCUUUCAAAUCAGAUAUUUACACAUUGAUUAUCCCUUUUUCUCCAUUUUAAUAAUGGAAUAAACUAAGAUAAACAAAAACAAAAGAACAGUGUAACUGCAUCAGUAGCAAGAAGACUCAAAAAAGAAACAGAAGUACCUAUCCCUGUCUGAAUUUUGAAGUUCCCCAUUGGAUGAACAGACUGGCAACCAUUUCAAUCCCAAUGUUUUCAUUGAAAUUUCUUGGUUAAAUUUAAUUUUUCCUGGGGCAUGAUCUCACAAAGAAUACUCUUCAAGUCUUUUUCUCUAUCUGGUAUCACUGAAAUUGCUAUUUAUCAUAACCACUACUUAUGAGCCUGGGUUUGGGAUUUUGUGCAUGUAGUUCAGUCUAGUGUUGGUAGCAUGACAAAAAGAGAUGGAAGUGCCAGUGUGUUGCCUUGACACCUGUUCUUAGAGAAAUUUUUGGUUUUGUUGGUAAGAAAUUAUUCUUCUAAACCAACACAUCUACCAACUAAAUUUUAUUCACUUUAAUCUCAGAGUCAGUCAGCUUACAACUUUACGUGGCUUGACAAAAUUCACUCUAAUAUUAUGCAGCUCUGAAUUUGCUAUGUUACUUUUACAAUUUAGAAAAACAAAAACAAAACACAGUGAAACUCCUUAAAUGUUCUAUCAGGAAUGGGGACAGGGGACCCUUUAUUUAUUAUUUCAUCAAAUGAGUGAGCUGUUCACAAAUAUUUUUGUUUUUUUAGUUUUUCCAAGAAUAUUUAUAGACUCCAAAGAGUUAAUCAGAAUAACUUCAAAAUAAUUUUUGGUGAAAAGAGUGUAAUUAGUCAUAUUACACUGAAAUUGGGAUAUAUCUAAAGGUCUUUCUUUUACUAUUAGUAGAUUUUGCAUUGAUUUAAAAAAAACUAUUUCUUUAUAUAUUGGCAGAAGAAACAAAUUUUAUCAAGAAUUAUAUAGUAUAAGGUAAAUACUAAUACUUAUAAAUUUUCUGUCCCUUGAAUUUCUGUGACAGUGCAAGACACUUUUUUCCUCUUGAUUUUAUAUAUUUUCCACUGACAUUAAUAAAAGUUGGAAACAAUAUUAUUAGUAUUUACUCUGAAUUUGAAUAUUUUAUGAAACAAGUUUGUACAGGAAGUCCACCUUGGAAUUCUGAAAGCUUAUUCCUUAUUUAGUAGCUUGACUUUUUAACCCUCUAAUUAGCAUGUAGUAUAUUUAAAUUGGGAAAAAAUUUAAUAAAUUAAUUAAACAUUUUCUAAGGGUGAUCAUUUUAUACCACAAUCAUCAGACAAUCCUCAUAGUUCAGCCAAUGAUUCAUAAAUGAUAGCCAUUCCAAAAUUGUUUAGUGUACAUAGAAAAUAAGGAUGUAGAGCCAGUUAUAUUAAGUUUCUAAGAGGGUUAAAUUUAUUAUCUUUUACUAUUUGAAAACUUAAAAGUUCUUGCAAAGGGUAGAUGACGUAAUUUUAGAAGAGAAAGGGAGUAUUUGAUUCUCAGAAAAAAUUAGCCUUCCUCCUAAAAUUAGCACAAGCCCACUUAUGAGUCACUGAAAAAAAGUAAAAAUCUUGAGUUGGCAAAGACCCCGCAUAUGUGUGCAGAUAGCAGCAAUCUCCCCUGCCCCUCCCCCUUCUUUCUAGAAGAGUGCAGAGUAAAGGGACCAUGCUGACUCCCUAGGUACUCCUCACCAGAGAAGACAGAACCCCUAACCCAAGUGCCCUAUAUUACUUGGAUGACUGGAGUUUAAGAGAAGGCAAGGAAGUGUAUAAGCAGAGCCAGUUCCGUUACAAAGAAUUUGAGAGGGACCAUGGAAGGGUCUUCUUCUCCACUCCCUACCUUCUUUGUGAUGAUAAGUCUAGAGCUUACAACAGUGCUUUUUCUUCUCUGAAUACCAAAGGCAAUUAAAGUCAGAUACAAAUGA